AUGGCUCUUCCCGCCGACUACAAGCACGAGAUCGAAACUCUCGAACGUGAAGUCCUGCAGAACAAGCCUACCGACGUCCUGCAGUUCUGCGCAAACCACUUCCUUCGUCGACUAGAGUCUCAGCGACACGAGUUCCUGCUGGGCGCACAGCAUUCCACCAAAACAAUGGCCGAGAACAACUUCCCCGGCAGCAACCCUUUCCACCACGUCCAGCAGCCUGGAAUGCAGCGUCUGGAAGAAGAAGAUGAGAUGGACACCUUCGCCUCGCCCACUGCAGCUUCUUUCCCCAACAACGCCAUGAACCGCGACGCAUCUCCUUUUGCCGCGAAUGCGAACCCCUUCGCUCAGCACAACGAUAGCUCCAUGGGCGGCUUCAACUUUGGUUUCGGCGGCGCUCAGAACACUGUUGCUUCGCGUGAUCAGAAUUCCAGCCCUGGUGGAAACAACCAACAACUGGACGUGCCACAAAACUUCCCCAACAACUACAACAUGGGUCGUCGUGUGUCCGUCUCUGCUGAAGUUUUGGCACCCUCGGGCACAGAUGACUCUGACUGGAAGCCUCCAACCUACCCCAAGACCCAAGAACAGCUGAGCCGUCUGCGCGCUGCUGUCUCGCGUAACUUCCUCUUCUCCCACCUGGAUGACGAUCAGACCGAGCAAGUCUUGGGCGCUCUGCAAGAACGCAAGAUCCCUUCGAAGGACAUCAAGGUCAUCGCUCAAGGAGACGUCGGUGACUACUUCUACGUUGUCGAGACUGGCAGCUUCGACAUUUACGUCUCACCAACUGGCAAGAUUGAGCCCGGUGCCAAUGGCAUGGGCAACAAGGUCGCAUCCUGCGGCCCUGGUACCUCAUUUGGUGAACUUGCCUUGAUGUACAACGCUCCCCGUGCUGCAACUGUCAACAGCACCGAGCCUAGCGUCAUUUGGCAACUCGACCGCAUCACCUUCCGUCGCAUUUUGAUGGACAGUGCAUUCCAGCGCCGCCGCAUGUACGAGUCUUUCCUUGACAGCGUACCUCUCCUCAACACCCUUACCCCCUACGAGCGCAGCAAGAUUGCCGAUGCUCUUGAAACGCAAAAGAUGCCUGCAGGAAGCACAAUCAUUCGUGAGGGCGAUGUUGGUGACCACUUCUAUAUGCUCGAGUCAGGUACCGCUGCCGUUUACAAGUCUGGAGUCGAGCAAUCGCUCAAGACGUACAAUAAGGGUGACUACUUUGGCGAGCUGGCCUUGCUGGAUGACAAGCCUCGUGCCGCAUCUGUGGUCGCAGAAACAGAGAUCAAGGUGGCCAUGUUGGGUAAGAAUGGUUUCCAGCGUCUGCUAGGCCCUGUCGAGAGCAUCAUGCGUCGUGAUGACCCUAGCAAGCGCGCUGGCUCGGCUCAGCCUCAGUCAUCUUCUUCUGCAGGACUCUUCGACAGCGUCAACCCCUUCUCAUCGUCCUGA